AAAGCAUCUAGCAGCAAAGCCAGUUGACAACCUGAGUUGGAGUUGAUGAUCCUGUGCGUGCAGUGAUGGCGGACGAGGUUGUUCUGUUGGAUACAUGGGCCAGCAUGUUUGGGAUGCGGAUUAGGAUUGCAUUGGCAGAAAAGGGUGUUAAGUACGAAUACAAGGAAGAGGAUCUCAGAAACAAGAGCCCUUUGCUUCUGCAGAUGAACCCUGUUCACAAGAAGAUUCCAGUUCUGAUCCAUAAUGGAAAACCCAUUUGUGAAUCUGCAAUAAUACUGCAGUAUAUCGAUGAGAUAUGGAAUCACAACCCUCAACUCAUGCCCUCUGACCCUUAUGAGAGGGCUCAAGCCAGAUUCUGGAUCGAUUACAUUGACAAAAAGGUGUAUGAUACAUGGAGGAAAAUGUGGCUUUCCAGUGGAGAGGAGCAUGAGACAUGGAAAAAGGAGUUUAUCUCUAUCUUUAAGCAACUAGAAGAAACACUUGGAGACAAACCUUUUUUUGGGGGCGACAUGUUUGGCUUUGUUGAUGUUGGUCUGAUCCCCUUUUAUAGUUGGUUCUAUACGUAUGAGACAUAUGGUAACUUCAAAAUGGACACAGAAUGUCCUAAACUCGUUGCUUGGGCCAAGAGAUGCAUGGAGAGAGAGGCCGUAUCCAAAACACUUCCUGAUGAAAAGAAGGUGUAUGCUUAUAUUGAUGGAAUAAAGAAAGCACUUUUUUCAAAAUAGAGGAGUUUCGUGGACUUACCCAAUAAAAACUUGCACUUUAAAUAUGGUAGUUUGAGGCCUUGUAUUAAUUUAGCUUGGGUUUUUUCUGUCUUGGGUUAUUUAUGGUUGGAUAGACACUUUGGUGUGUCUUUGGUGUGUCUGCUCUGUAUCAGUGUGCACUUAUAAUCAAUAAAACCUCUUUCUAUUAGUUGUUUCAUGUACUGGUCAAAA